GACCCUGGCGUGGGAAAAAAUGUCUCCAACUUAUUAUCGGGCGGAAUGGUGAAGCUCACAAAACUGUGUCCAUUUAAACCCACUCACCACCACACCACCCCUCAGCACCUGUCCCUUCCCCAGGUCUGAUCGUCAUCAACCAAUUGCCUGUAUCACAUCCCGGUACAGCGCCUCUCUCCUCCGGCUUUUCUUGUCUUCGGUUCUGUCUCCCCCGGUCGACUCACCAUGGCUGACGUUGCUGUCCCGGUGGCCACCCGGCCCACCAAGCCGGACGAGGCCGUCUAUCAAGAGAUGCUUGCCAAGGCCGAAAAGGAACACGCCCAAGUCCUGGCGCAAUUCAAAGCCAUCAAGCAGAAGAUUGACCUUGCUACGGGGAAGAACGCCGAGAACCCAACCAACAAGCGCAAGGCCGAGCUCCUGGACCUGAAGAAGGAGAUCGUUGCGAAACAGGGCGACGGCAAGAACUCCCGCACUUCGAAGCAGGAUGAAAUCAAGCGUCUCGAUGCGCAGAUUAAAGCUGUGGAGAAAGAGCGCAAGGACCUGGCCGAUACACCAACUAUCAAGAAAUUGCGAGGUGACAGUGAAAGCAAGAAGCCAGUGACCGAAAAGGAGAUAGAAGACCACUUGAAGAAUCUCCGAGACGCAUAUGCCCGUGGACUUAGGCUCGUGGAGGAGAAAGAGAACGUUGCCAUGACCGGCUCGCUCGAAAAGAUGAAGAGGACAUCUGUGGAGCACCAGAAGAAGAUCGAUGACCUACAGGAGAAGGUCAAGGAGAUCAAGGACACCAUGAACAGCCCAGAAGCCAAGGCGCUCAGCGAGCAGUACGACGAGGUCCAGAAGGAGUUGAACGCCAUCAAUGCCGAGCAGGCCGAGGCGAGGAAGAGCCGUUCGACCUUGUUUGAGGAGAAGGACAAGCUGAAGGCUCGCCAGGACGAGACGUGGGCCGCGAUCAAGAAGAUCAAGGACGAGUUCCACUCCCAGUUGCGCGCUUUCAAGAAGUAUGAGAGCGAGCAGAAGCAGAAGGCCUGGGAGCGGUCCAAGGCCGAGAGGGAGCGCAGGGACAAGGAGCGCAAGCUGGAGCGCGCCCAGAAGAUGUUGGCCGAGGCCAGCGACCCGGCCUACCUGGACGAGAUCCGCCGCGCCAACAGCCUGCUCCAAUACUACGACCCCACCUUUGUUCCCGAGAAGGCCCCCCUCCAGGUCAACACCAACUUGCAGGCCCAGGCCGAGCGCAAGGUCGAUGCUUCUGACAUCAAGGGUGUCAAGGUUCUGAGCAAGAAGGACCGCGACGAGGACCUCUUCCCCGCCCAGAAGAAGGGCAAGAAGGGCAAGAAGAACAACGCCGCCAACAAGGCCGCUACCUUCCAGUGCCCACCCUCCGUCGUCGAGGACUGCUCCUCCAUGGGCAUCGACCCUCCCAUGAGUGCCGAUGAGGUCCCAGCCGUCAUCGAGAAGGUCAGGGCCAAGCUCGACCACUGGAAGGCCGACCAGGCUGCUCAGACCCAGAAGAACAUCGAGAAGGCCAAGAAGGAGAUCGAGAAGAUCGAGGCCGAGGAAGCCCAGGAGAAGGGCGGUAAGAAGUCCUCCUCCGGCGACGCCACGCCCAACGGAAACGGCGCCGCCUCCGACGAGGACAAGUCCGACGAUAAGGUCGAGGAGGUCACCAAGGAGGUCGAGGACGCCUCCAUCGAGGACAAGAAGGAGGAUGCUGAAUGAGCACCCCUUCCCCUCUGCGAACACAAGGUACGGAUGACGCGACCGUAUCCAUGAAGUCUUACACGAGAGACAGCUCAGCUGGACGAUUCUUGAAGUAGAAACAGUCACUCUCCUGCUGGUUAUCCAAAUGUCGAAGGGGAAAAAAAGCUUUGCUAGGUACCGGGGAGUAGCAAACGAUUUGCAUAACGGGUAUGUAGGGUGUAGCUCGUUAUUAAUAUACACUAGGAGCAUAUUCCUUCUAGCAUGUAUGCG